CCUCGAGUCUUUCUUAUCUCAGAGCAACAUGAUUUCCGCGCAGAGAUUUGGUGCUAAGAGGCGCCUAGAACCUCGGAAACAGCAGUUCAGCAAAAAUGCGCCGGAAUGGGAAUCGAAGAACUACGCGCAUCGCCUUAACUUCUACACUCUCCCACCGACCGCCGAGAUAUCGCUCGAACAAUUUGAGGAAUGGGCGAUAUCACGAUUGAAAGUGCUCUCGGAACUAGAGAUGUGCACAUUUCGUAAUAAAACUCCAGAGGAGACUCUCGCUUACAUGACACCCAUCCUCGACAAGCACCUGCCGCUACACUCCAACAGCUCACAGAGUUCAAAUCUCCAGGAGGAGCGCAAGAAAGAUCACUACUCCCACUUCAUUCUUCGUCUCGCAUUCUCUGCUACAGAAGACCUUCGAAGACGCUUUUCUCGACUUGAAACAAUGCUGUUCAGACUCCGUUACAAACAGGAUGACUCCUCAGAGAGAAGAGCAUUCAUCAACUCACUAGAUUUUACUUGGGACACGGUCAGCGAUUCAGAAAAAGAAGAGCUCUACACAAAACUCAUCAAUGCUACCGGUCCGUUUAGGAAGGACGAAAAACCAGAGUGGUUCAAGAUCGACUGGGAACAAGUUCCAGAUCUGGUUGAGCAACGAAAAGUGUAUCUCAAAGCUGGGCUGGCAUACGUUCCUCAACGCGAACAAAUGUCCCUAGUUGUGACGGAAUACACGAAGAGACUUGAUCAAGCUUUGGAGAUGACGGCACGAGCUUUGCCUCGCCUUGACGAGGACGACCGCCUUUCGCCGAUUCUAGCGCAUCUCUCGAGGUCCUUUACUACACCGGAUGCAGGUUAUGAUUCCUCCUCCUCCCUACCCUCCAAUAUGCAGCCUAACGCAGCCAACAUUGACAAGCUAGCGCAACAUUUCCCGCUUUGUAUGUCCAAUCUCCACACUACUUUGCGCACGAACGCGCAUUUAAAGCACUAUGGUCGUUUGCAAUAUACCCUGUUCCUUAAGGGCCUCGGACUCUCCCUCGAAGAUUGCAUCAUCUUCUGGAGACGUUCUUUUCGACUAAUGACGGACGAGAAGUUCAACAAGGAGUACAAGUAUAACAUUAGACAUGCGUAUGGUGACGUUGGCGGAGAUGCGAAUAGACGGGGCAGGGGAUACACACCUUACUCGUGUCAGAAGCUCUUAACGGAGCCUCUACCGUCGGGUGGUCAACAACAUGGGUGCCCUUACCGCACAUUCUCACCCGAUAAUCUGGUGUCACUUCUACAGAGCACGGGGAUUUCUGACAGAGACGUAGUCAAGGAUGUCAAGGAGCUCGUCAGCGGACAAAGGUACCACGUCGCAUGUAACAGAGUAUUUGAGCAUGUGCAUAAGAAAGAGCUGAAGCGAGUCAAGGAGGAAAAGCUAUGGAAAGAAGCAGACUUGGACACGAUUUUACAUCCAAACACGUACUUCAAGCGGAGUUUUUUGUUGAAGCAUCUAGACGACCCUGCAUUGGAGGUUAAACACGAGGAGUAAGUAUUGAUAACGCGUAAUGGACGGACGGAAUGAAAGGAGGCGUUGCAAGCGUUGUUUUAAUAUUGAAGUUGUAAAUGAUCUCGUAGCAAGCGCAGCCGAGAUGACGACUUGGGCCUGAAUGAACUAUUGUCAUUGAUGAUUUUGAGCAAUUUCCAAGCUUAAUCCUGUUAUCCACCUUUGAUGCAAUGUUACAAAGAAGUGCUUAAAGAGCUUAAGAACGACAGUGAGCG